GUCGGAUCUGGCAACCCGCUGUAGGAUUAGAAAACAUUCCAUCUGUCAGGGAAGUGGGUCGGGACUUUAAAAAACUGGAAAACAUGAAGUAAAAAAAUGAAGAAAACACUCGAAUUUUGGGACUAGUCUGGAUUGCAGACGAAGACUGAACUUGUGGACACAAUGUUUGCGUUUGUUUGAAGAGGUUUUUUAGUGUUAUUGUCAAUGUAAGUAGAAAAUUAACGUUUACGGUCACAGACGUCAAACACUCCGAGUUCUCUGCUUCAUCAACUUUCAACCGAGAGUCAUGCUUUUUAUCGGUUUUAAGUUGAAACAGUUAAUUUUGAGGUAUUUCAAUCAUAUAAGGCGAGGAUUUGUAACAUAUGUUAACGCUGUCAGCAGGCCGGGGUGAAGGAUGGCAGGUAUUCUGAAGUUCCUGAACCUCGGAGUGAAGCUGGACCUCCUGAGAGAAGCUGGUCGUCAGUAUCCAGUCUUCUGUUUCCUGCUGCUGACUAUGCUGUCCCUCACUGUGCUGCUCAACAGGUAAGAAUAACAAAAACUGGUGAUAUCAGAGCGAUAGGCGAGCUGAAGGAUUGUCAGAUUACCUCCAAACAUGUCCCCUGAGGGUCAUGUGACCUGUAAACUCCAAGCUGUAAACUGGAAUAUGAACGUGCUUUUAUCACUGCGGUUCUUCAGUUCGAUCGGGACUUUGGCGCGAGGGCGGGAAUCACGAUUAAACUCACGAUUCCAUAAUAUUACACAGAGUGUGCGCUUUAAUAAGUUAACUUAAAGGUCCUUAUCAUUCUUCUCACUGCUCUUUAAGAUAAUUCUGUUGGUUUGCAGGGAUGCACAACAUCUUGAAAUAUAUUCAGAUACACUAGUUAGAGACAAAACUAUGAUUGCCUGGAUGUAGUGAUCUGAAAUAUGAAAAAUGUCUCAUCUUACCCUACUCUCCCCUACUGCAGUGAUAUGCAGUGGAGAAAAGAGGAGCUCCAUAUCUUACCCUAUAAUGAAUCUGAACCAUGUUUUCAUGAAUAAUCUGAAGUUUUCCCCUCCUUGCAGGUAUAUCCACAUCCUGAUGGUUUUCUGGUCGUUCCUGGCUGGUGUCAUCACUUUCUACUGCUCCCUCGGACCUGAGACCCUCCUUCCCAAUAUCUUCUUUAGCGUAAAGCCCAGAAACAAAGUAAGUGUUUAUUGUUUAAUCCUGAAAACAACCAGCCGCUUUCAGACACAUGCUCUGAAAAAUUCUUGAAAAUGUCAGUUGCUCCGUCCCGGGUAUAUACCAGACUGUGGUGUGAUAUAAAGUGAUUCUGUGUUACUGGAUAGAGGAUAUUUGUGGACUAUGUAAAAGUUUCUAUCAGUGAACAGAAACAGCAAAAACGGCAAACAAAUCCCUGGUGAAGACCUGAAAACUUUGCUGCGGUGAGCUUUACCCUGAAAUGACACUGGAAAAAUUCUGUGUGAAGCCGGGGUGAAAACUAAACUGUUUCUCUUCAAAUAUACAACUCAUCAUCAGGGUAAAUUCUGGACAUUUUCAGGAACUCUGUGCAUGUUUUGUGCAUGCAGAUUUGAGUGUUUAUGACAGGUCGGUGACUCAGGUGAUUGUUUUAUUGCUCUGACAGCGGCAGGAGCAGGAGCUGUUUCCUCUGGGACACAGCUGUGCUGUUUGUGGAAAAGUCAAGUGCAAACGUCAUCGGUGAGUCCGCGGCAUCUUCUCCUGUAAAAUCACUCACUGCGCAGAAAUCAAGUAUGUUACAGAUGUAUUUUAAUCCAUUAUAAAUCCCGAAAUAAAACCACUGUUCAGUCGUGACUGUGAUGACGGCUUUUGUUUGAUAAAAAAACAGAUUUUAAUCCAUAGCUGGUCUGCUUUGAGAUCUGUAUCUGUACUAACAGCAUUACAGUCAGAUGAAAAUAUGAAUUUUGCUCCUGCAAUUUUGAUUCGUUACACAAGCACAGAAACCUUUGACUAAGGAAAGUUCAGAUGUCUUUAUUUGUCCAGUAAAGUGAUUUAAGAUACUCUUAGGAAGCAGACACUAAUGAUAUAUACAUGUAUUUCUUAUUUCUCACAGGCCGACGCUGCUCCUGGAAAACUAUCAGCCAUGGUUGGACCUGAAGGUUCAUUCAAAAGUGGACGCUUCAAUAGCAGAGGUACCGGAGAGGAUAAGCAUCAAUCCUCGAUCCUGUCCUCAUAUUUAUGUGAUUUAUAUGAGUUUUAUUCUGAAAAGAUGAACUCUUCAUUUUAGAUAGCAGCAGAGUUUUUCAGAGUCUGAUGUCUGAUUUUUGCUCCUCUUGUCCUUCAGGUGUUUGAGUUGGUGCUUGAGAACUUUGUGUACCCCUGGUACAGGUAAGCAGAAAGAGUUUGGGAGAAGAAAGGAACAUUUGUGGAGAAGUUUGAGGUUUUAAAAUUACUUCUCUCGUUUUCAGGGACAUCACAGAUGACGAGGCGUGUGUAGACGAACUGAGGAUGACCUUUCGCUUCUUUGCAUCAGUGCUCAUCCGCCGUGCCCAGAAGGUGACACUCAUAAACUUUUUACAUGGGAAGACACUAAUUAUCGGCAUGUUUGAUAUCUUAAUCAUUUGUUUUUAAUGGGUGUAAAAUCAGAAAAGACAUCAGCAUGUUUACACCAACACUUCAGACCCUAAUUGAUCACUUUGAAACAGAAGGAGUGUGACGUCAGUUGCAAAAUUUCACCAAAUAAUGACUGGUAGUUGGUGGUCUGUUGAGUUUUCCUUAAAAACAAACAAUUUUGUUUUGUUCUUGCAGCUUUUCUGGUUUUUCCUGCUUUUUGGUUUAUUUACACUAAGAGUCAAGGAGUCAAACAUGUAUGUUUUUGUGGACUCAAGAGUACACACUGCACCUUCUGUGUUUCAGCUGCUCGGAAGUUAUUUAUUGUGGAACAGAAAAGCUUCAACUAAUAAAAGUAAAACAGACUGUAGCAUCUAUAAUCUUGUAUGAAGGUUUAGGCCUCUUUGUGUUCAUAGUUUUGAACUACAUACUGAAUUUGCUGGUUUUUUUUCAGGUUGAUGUUCCUGCUGUGUUUGCAGACAAAGUGAUGAAAGCUGCGAUGAAGCACAUAGAAGUAAUUUCCAAAGCCCGACAGAAAGGUAUCCCCCACCUUUAAUCUACAGAAGUUAUUGUCUUAGAUGGUGCACACACUGUGACUUUGUUGAAAAACUAGUUCCUAGUGUGGUCUGAUGUUAGGAUUGAUGUGUGCAUAUUUUAGGAGUUAUGAAUCAGGACUUGAAGCCUACGUGUUGAUGGAUACACAUUAAGUAUUGUCUGCUAAUGUUGGUCAUCGUCCACAGUGCACAAUGUGGAGGGUCUGCAGCAGGCAGGGUUGGAUGAAUACGGCUCAGACCUUCACAUCGCUCUGAAGAGCCGAAAAGACGAGCUGCUUUACCUGAGGAAGCUGACUGAGAUGCUUUUUCCUUUCCUCAUGCCUCCAAAAGCUACAGACUGCAGGUGGGAGGAAACAAACCAAGGCACAGGGACCAGCUUCAGAGUUUGGACUGGAUUUAGUCUGGUUAGACGGAGUUUGAUGUAUUACAGGCUGUAAGUGGUGGUCAUGUGUGGUCUGUGUUCAGGUCUCUGGCUCUGCUGAUGCGGGAGGUGAUGGCUGGAUCUGUCAUGUUACCGACUAUGGAUUUCAUGGCCGACCCUGUGAGUGAAACUGGAUCAUUGUUAGUCUGGUGUUACAGUAUUAUUGGAGCUUCAUUUCUCUGUCUUAUCCUCCUCACAUGAUCAGGCUCCAAGAACAGCUACUUUUAAAGACUUUGUAUGACUGUUACAGAAGCAGGAGUGUGAUAUGAAUGAAUGAAUAACUACAGAGACCCAAACUACGCUGAGAUAUUUCACAUAUUAAAGUGUUGAUUUGGCUGUUACACAAAGAUAACCUGUCUGCACAACGUUACUGAGUAUUGCACAACCAAGUUUCCGUUUCAGAGUUUUGCAAACAGGCAUUAAAGCUAAGCAACAUUUAAACAAUGUCAUUCAGGGAUUGAAGAUAAAACUCUGUGUCUCUUUGUUUUUCAGGAUACUGUGAACUUCAUGGUGCUCAUAUUUGUAGAUGACACACCAGUAAGUCAAAAAGGCAUUUCAGAAAGAUCGUGUCAUUUAAAUCUGCAAAAUUGAAUGUAAUUUUCAUCCAUCUUGAGAAAAAACAUCUGUAUCUGUACCUAAAUAUCCAUCAUUAUAUAUAUGGAAUUUAGUCUAAUAAGCAGAAACUUGAUUGCAGUCUGUGUUCCUCUGUAUCUCCAGCCUGAAGCAGCCUUAGAGCCUCCGUCUGCUCUGGUCCCAUUUCUGCAGAAGUAUGCCGACGUCAGCAACAAGAAGCCGUCUGUGAGUAUCUCACUGAGAGAAGGAAAUAUAAAUGCAGUUACAUGUGCAUAUAUGCAGUUUCUGACUAUUUUUACCCUGAGCCUCUUCUCAGGGAACAGUCGAACAUCAGGUCAUCUGUCUCUGUAUUUCAUUUGAAACACAAAUGCAUCUUCAAGAAAUAAGAAUAUCAUUAAAAAAUCAGGUUUUGGAUCAGUUGAAAAUUCACGAUAUUCCAGACCAGAGCUGUCGCAAUACAACAUUCUCACCUGGGGAGCGACAUGUUCUUUUUUUUUUUUUUAUAUUAAAUAACUGCAGUCGACUUACUUACGUCUUAAAGUUUCUAACAAUGUACAGAAAUUUAUCUCAGUCACAGAAACGUCUCCAGUGAAAAGAUGACCUUGUAAAAUGAUGUUUCUAAUGCUUUUAUUUUGAAGUUUGAGCUCUCUGCAUCUAGGUUCCUCUUUUUCCUGUAUUUUGUGACCAUGUUUUUACUUUGACAGAUGGUGAAACUAAGUAAAAACAGUGAGAAAAAAACAGUGUAUCAGCACCUCCGUAGUUUCACUCUGAAUCUGGAGUUUUUCAGUUUGAAGUGUCUGAGUGUCCCUCAGAGGUCUGCUACAGCUAGGUUCCCUGCAGCCUCUCUUCUUCCGUGUUUCAUGAAGGAUUCCUACCACCCUCUACUGUGAGAAUAUUAGUCACACCUCUUUUUUUUUUACCAUGUGUUAGAAUCGUGUUCACACUACCGUUGUGUUGUAACAGCCUUGCUUUAGAUUAAAUUGUGCAUGACCUGAAAUGUUUUGAGAUGCUCUGACAAACAGGAUACAUGUUCACUCUUGAGGCAGAUUGGUGCUCAGUGAGGGCUGCACAGGAUAGUGCUGAUUCCUCACAGCAAGAAGGUUCCUGGUUCAAUCCCUGGGUUAGCAGAGGCCUUUCUGUACAGAGUUUGCAUGUUCUGCAUGCAUGUGUGCUCCAGGUAUUGACAGUUCUGAUACAUCCUUUUCAACCACUAGACCCCUGGUUACCCCCACACCCUAAAUGGGCAGUGAGAGCCAAGACAUCCAGUGUGAUCAGGUGAUCGCCUCUCUCUAACGAGUGUCUCAUGGUUUUAAAUCAAACUCUGUCUCUCUCUCUCUCUCUCUCUCUCUCUCUCUUUGUGCUCCUACAGGUGCUGAAAUUGGAGCUGAAGGAGAUCCGGGACGAUCAGGAUCUCCUUUUUCGUUUCAUGAACUUCCUGAAGCAGGAGGGAGCCGUGCAUGUGCUGCAGUUCUGCCUCACUGCGGGUAAGAGCAGCUGUUAGAGUAGGACUGGGCGUUAUUGCCUCAGAUCAAUAUCACAAUAUAUUGAACAGUUCACCUCAAUAACGAUAAACAGAUGAUAACUACUCCACAUGCCGCCCACCCCCUCCCACAUUAACUUCGUCUACUUCAACCGCCGCUCCAACUUUGGAACCGUCCUCCAUCUCCUCACCUGUCUUUCCCUCUUUGUUACGUACUGGAUGGGGUGGAGUCAUGUCUCUGACGUAGGACAGCAUCUUAAAGGGACAUGAGACCAUAGCCUACCUACACACAUCCAAAACCAACUUUUAUUGAUUAUAUUGACAUGGGCAAAAUAACUCCUGUUACUGACCUAAAUUUCAGUAUCAGUAAAUUUUCGGUUUAUCGCCCAGCCCUAUGCUAGAGUCCACUUUCCUGUCUGCUGAAUACUCAUAAACAGAGGCGUGUCAAUUAAGCCAUGAUGAGAAUGAUGAUGUGAUGAACAGUGGUACAGCGUCAUCACUAUCAUUUAUAAUACCAUAGUAGAGAGCAGGGAGGUGAAACCAGCAGAGAUAACCGCCCAGGUUUGAGUGUCUGUUUUAUAGCUCUGUGUCGUCUCCCCUCACUCUUGUCAUGUGACACCUGAGGCUGAACUCUGCUGCUUUGUCUUGUGACUCUGAUGCUGCAGCUGUAGGAGCAAAACAGUGGAGAUGGUGGACAGGUCCUGCUAUUAUUGUCUAGAACCCCCAGGAUUAACAUGCACAGGAAAGAUAUGAAAGCCAGAUACAUGGCAGAGUUAAUGCAGAGAUGUGGGAGAAACUCUCUUGAUGUCCUUUCAGUACCACAGUCCAAAAGUGUCCUGUUUGUCCCUCCAGAGGAAUUUAACGAUAAGAUCCUGAGCCCAGAGCUGAACGACACCGAGCUGCAGCGUCUGCACGGCGAGGUGCUGCACAUCUACGAGACGUACUGUCUGGACGAAAGCAUCGACAAGAUCAGCUUCGAUAAGUUCAUCGUGGAGGAGAUCAAGAACAGUAAGCGGCUUUAGGUCACUGCAGUCUGCGGGGCACGGUUUUACUGUCAAGACAAUGAAAAAAAAAAAAUCAAAAAUUCACAAUAAAUCACCGAUCAGCUGAUCAGCAUCCCCUUCCAUCUAGUUUGUCUAACAUUAAAGCGGAUAAUUCAAACUCUCUCUCUCAGUUGCUCGAGGUCCGUACGGCGGCGUGGUGAAGCUGCAGACGAUGCGCUGCCUGUUCGAGGCGUACGAGCACGUCCUGUCUCUGCUGGAGCGAGUUUUCACCCCCAUGUUCUGUCACAGCGAUGAAGUAAGACCCCGACUCAUCUCAAACACACACAUCCGUAGGUCACUUAUCAGUAUUUCAGAUGUAAUGAAAACACAAAUAAGCUUUGAGAAGUAGAAAUGAAGGCUCCACAUCAGUGGUGCUGGACCGUUGGAUCACUCAAAUCAGGAUGAAGGUCCAGGAAGAGUAAAAUAAAAACAGGCUAAAAGAUUCAAAAGUUGUCAAAUGAACAAAAAAGUAUCCUGUAAAAGUACUUUCAAUCCUAUUAAAGGUGUAAUCUGUGAAAUUUCUGUCUUCUCUCUGUGUUCAGUAUUUCAGACACCUGCUGAGAGGAGCCGAGUCUCCAGCGAGAAACUCAAGAAUCAGCAGGUCUGUCACAUCUGAAUCCUUUUAGUUUCCUUUCAAUCAUUACGUAUCAAACACCUCAAACUUCAAAACCAGAUCCUCACUGAUUUUUUUGUCCAGAUCCCAGAAUAAGAUCUGAGGAUGUUUUUACGAGUUAUCAGUCAUUGUUAGUUGUUUGUUCAUCUUAUUUCAGAAAUAGCUUCAUUUUAGAGGAGAGCAGGUAAGUCAACGCUCAGCAUGUCACCUCAACUCUCAGAGUCUGCUGCCUGAAACACUGAGGAUGUAAAGCAGCAGAGCGGAGACUAAAGCAUGCAGUAAUAGUUCAGCUCAGCGCAGGCUGCUCUGUGGAUCCACGUGAAACUAAUGUUAACAUCAGGAGGCUUCAGAGUCUGUUCACAUCAUGCUGCCGCUUGCAAAUUAACUGUGACCUUACAUUGUGCAAUAUUAAGUGCAAAAGAGGCCGGAUUUUAACACUGCAGCAACACUUUAAAGACCCACUCUGAUGAAAAUCAUGUGUUUCUUGUUUUUUUAAGAUGUUCAUGUGGCAUUUUUCUGACGCUACAGGACAUAUCAUGAGAAAACUAAAUGUGAAAUUGCUUUUCUGAGUAUUACUUCAUUUAAAUCUCUGUGAAUCUCUGGCAGACCCAAACGGCAGGUUCAGAAACAAUGAGAAUUCAUAUGUAACCAAUCCAAGCUCCGCCCCCAGAGCCCUGCUAUGUAAGCACUCUGCAUACAGAGGAGAAAUACAGAGGACGAUCGCAGAACAAGCGUGUGCGUUAACGCUCGUAAGAAAGCUAAUUAUGAUAACUUUCAUCGUGUCCCCAAAGACAUUAGUGUCCGAAAGUUGAAUAGCUGUUAUGUUACCUGCCACUUCUAUGACACCGGCCAUGUUAGUCUGCAAGCUAAGGUGAAGACCAGUGUGCAGAGCAGCGCUGUCUCAGAGGUAAAUUGCUAAUGAUCUACUGGAGCUCUGCAGAAGAAAAGCCCUUGAAAAUGACACAGGUAACGUGAUUUUUGGUGAGAACUUCAUAAUCACAAUUUACAGACCACUGAGAACACUUUAAGUAGUAAUAAAAAACGAUCGGAGUGGGACUUUAAGGCCUUUAUCCACAGGUUUGUGUGGAUAAAGGUAUUAAAACUAAUUGAGACGUCAGACUCUUGCCUCUGACAUGCAGUUGUGUCGUGUUGUUGUUUCCUGUCUGAGCUGCUUUUUUAGGAGUUUAUGAAAGUUUGGACUUCAUUAAUGUUGGGUGUUCCCCUGAUCGGAGUUAAAUAUGAGUUCCUAGUCCUCAGAGAGUUGAUGCUGCUGUGGCUGAUAAAGCUGCAUGUCUGCUGCAUGACUCAUGCACCGAGCGCCGUCACAGCAAAGCAAAAACAGUCACUCUGUGUUUAUAUAGUGUUUACCUGUGUGGUAUUAACACAGAUCAGAGGGAUAUGACUCUUAUUGUUUGUGUUUAUUUCUCUGUUUGACUCAGAAACCUUUCCAAACGAGGCGAGUCGUUCGGGAUCAGCAGGAUCGGCAGUAAAAUCAAAGGUGUGUUCAGGAGCACGACUAUGGAGGGAGCCAUGCUGCCGCCCCCGAGUGUCAUGAACGACCUGGAGGACGACGCUGUGAGUGUUCAUAGUUCAGAGAAUUCAGGCUGUCAGUAAACAGAUUGGUCCUCAUAUUAAUAAAUAGUGAGUGCAGGUAAAAAGUGAUCCACUCAGAGUAGUAGAUUUCCACAAGUACAUUGUUGUUGUUUUUUCCUGCAGGUGGAGGAGGCGACGGUGGUGAUGGAGGACGACUCUACAGUGGAGCCCGCCAGCGUGCCGGGCACCCUGAGGAACCUGUCGGCGUGGAGCAUCACCAUCCCCUCCAUCGAAGUCUGUGAAGACGAGGUCAAGAGGGAGAGGAUCCCGGUCUUCUGCAUCAAUGUAGAACGCAAUGACAGAAAAGAAGGUGAGCGAUCGCCGAUUUCAACUUCACCUGUAACAAACUCUGACGUCAGCGUGAUCAAUGUAUUUUUUUUCUUCUCCUCACAGUCGGACAUGAAACUGAGAAGUGGGUGGUCUUUAGGAGAUAUCUGGAGUUUUACGUGCUGGAAUCAAAACUCACUGAGUUCCAUGGUAACACCCAAGACUUUAUAGUUUUACUUCUCUAGGAUCUAGUUUACUUCUCUAAUACUUCUCCAGAGUCAUUUCUCUUAUCGGGUUUUCUUUUAAUUCCUUUGAAACUCUGUGUUUGUUUGCAGGUGCGUUUGCAGAUGCACAGCUUCCAUCGAAAAGACUCAUUGGACCAAAGAAUCACGAGUUCCUUACCUCCAAAAGGGAAGAAUUUGAGGAAUAUUUACAGGUAUGCAAAUAAAACUAGUUUGCUUGUUUUAUAUUUCUGACUUUUGUGAUUUAUUCUCAUUCUAGUUUUGCUGUCAUAGAAAAGUAACAUGUAUCGUCACUAGAGGGCAGUAUAAGAAUUAGUUAGAGGAGGGUGUGGGGGUGUCAUUCCCUGAACUGCUGUUUAUAAAGCAUUUAUGACUCAUUACACAAGUUAUGUCCCUUUGCUGUGUUUUUCCCAAACUUAACGAGUUAAUACUGUAAAAAUUCAGCAUCAAAGAUAAACUAAAUUCUUAUAUCUGGAGGUUAAACGUCAAAUAUGCAGAUGCAUUCACCUCCUGAUGUGGUUGUUUUGUUUGCAGAGGCUCCUGCAGCAUCCAGAGCUCAGUAACAGUCAGCUGCUGGCAGACUUUCUGUCUCCUUACAGCAUCGAGUCUCAGUUUUUGGACAAGAUGUUGCCUGAUGUCAACCUCGGUAUGUAAACAGUUGAGACAGCUCUCUCUGAUUCCAGUAAAAUAGUAUCAGAGUGCUCUCCUCCCUCUUUUGUUUCUCAGUCUCACAGUUUUCUUCUGGUUUCUGACCCGCUCUUUGUUUGACAGGGAAGAUUUUCAAGUCUGUACCCGGAAAGCUGAUAAAAGAGGUGAGUCAGUCCUCAGCUGAACCAUCUAGCAGGGGUGGGAUUCACUAGUGGCCCCACGAUAUGAUAUUAUCACAAUACUUGAGCCAUGAUACAACAUUAUCACGAUACUUGGGCCAUGAUACAAUAUUAUAACGAUACUUUGGCCACAAUAUGAAACUGUCACGAUACUUGGGCAAUGAUACAACAUUAUCACGAUACUUGGGCCACAAUAUGAAACUGUCACGAUACUUGGGCAAUGAUACAACAUUAUCACGAUACUUGGGCCACAAUAUGAAGUUUUCACGAUACUUGGGCAAUGAUACAACAUUAUCACGAUACUUGGGCCAUGAUACAAUAUUGCUAUGUUACUUGGGCCACGAUACAAUAUUAUUGCGAUUCUUAACAUUUUGCAAUACGGUGAGUAUUGCGAUACAAUAUACUGCGAUUUAAACAAUUUUUUCAACUGUCUAGCUAAUUUAGCAUUUGGUUUUCCUUUAUGUUUGUCUUAUUUAUGCUGUAUUUUAUCUUCUCACAUCUUACAAACCUUUUAUAUAUUUGUUGCACUAACUUUCUCCUGCUCUAUGAUGUCACCUCUGCCAACCUCACUGGACAAACAGUUGAUUUUAUUUUUCCAUUAUUAUAGAUUUGUCUUAAUAUUAGCAAUUAAUUUUAAAAAUCAAUGAGACGAUACGAUAUAUCACCAGACAAAAUAUCGUGAUACUGUGCUGUAUAGAUUUUUUUCUUCCACCCCUGCUGUCCAGAGUUUUUCCAUGUUUACAUCUCCAGACUGACAGUUUCAUCAUUUUACAGUCUCUUUGGAAGUUUGAUUCACUGCAGUUUUAUUUUCCCUGAAACAGAGAUUUACUUGCCAUUCCAAGUUUUAAAUCUGCAACCAGUCCAAAACAACUCUGUGAACACUCUGUGAUUUCCAGAAAGGGCAGAACCUGGAGCCGUUUAUCCAGUCUUUUUUUAACUCCUGCGAGUCUCCCAAACCCAAACCCAGCCGACCCGAGCUCACCAUCCUCAGCCCGACCGCGGAGAACAAUAAGAAGGUAAAACAUCCAAACACUUCCCUGCAGCUCACCCCGGAGCAGAGCGGGCUCUGUCAGUUUUCUCAGGUGGUUUUAAUCAGCUUUUCAUGAACGACAUGAAGGAAUGAUGCUGCACUGCUGUAGGGCAGAUGUUUGCAACAACCUGGAUGAUCCUCGAUAGAUGAAACAGGCUGCAAAUGCUCACACAAAAACACAGACAAAAGCCUUACAGGAUCAUAAUCAUGGAAUCAUGAUGUAAAUGGAAAAAUGAUGGAAAGUCAUGAACACUAGCAAAAGAAAGAAAAAAAUGUGUGAGAUAAACACAGAAAAGCUUUCUCACAUGCCAAAACUUUAACAAAACCUUAUAAAUCCUUUAAUAUUUCUUUGUUAUGAUUGUGAAAAUGUAACACUGAUAAAUCUUAAUCUUCACUUUGACCUGCAGCUCUUCAACAACCUCUUUAAGAACAACGCAGAUCUGACAGACAGCUCAGAGAAGAAAUACAACCAAAACUACUUCAUGGAGAAGAUCACUGUUAGCGGCAUGUAUGACUGCAUGAUGUAUGUGGGUAAGUUCUGCAGACAGAGGAGGUCUUAUUCUUACUCAUGAGCAGAGACGAUCUUUGGAAACACUCCACUGAUACAGCAGGCUGGUCAAAGAAACCAGAUCCAGAAUUCCUAUAGGUUCUUGAAAUGUCUUGGAAAGGUUAUUGAAAGUCUUUAAAAGGUUUUAUUUUUACUUGUAAGAGGUUUGACAUUUUAGGUGGGACAUGUCUGAAAACAUAAAUCUACACUUAUGAUGAAAAUUAGUUCCCCUUUUCAUGAAUUUGCAGAUUUAUGUGACGAAUGCUGCAUUUCUGGCAGUUUUUCAUGCACGCAUUUAGAAAUGAUGAUCAAAAGAGGAGAAAAAGAAAAUGAGAGCGUUCAAAUAUCAAGAGUUUGGCUUGAGAUUAAAAAAAUAGCAGGAAGUGAACAGUCUUAAGGGGCUUACAUUUUGAAUACCCCAAAGGCUUUUAAAGCUGGGCUAGAUUUGUGGGAAAUAUGGCACAACUGUGUCUGUCUUCAUUUACCUGUGUAAAAAAAAUAUUUUUCUCUUAUUGGGUCUUAAAAAUAUCUUAUCUCAUCUUAAGUUUGAUUUUAAAAAGUGUAGAAACAACUCAACAGAGUAAAUCUCUGAUGUGAUUCCCUUCAGUUUCACUCCCCGACAGGUGAUUUCUCUGUAACUGUAAAAAGAACAACAAUACAUAUUUAUCGAGAGCUUUGAGGUUCAGCGUCUGCAAAAGAAAAGCGGAAGAGAGACGAGGACAUGAAGACCACACGAUCAUGAACUGAAUUUCACAGGAAGCAGGUGGAUUUUUUUGUUUUAAUCAACCAGUUAAUCAAACUUUAUUAAUGUAACAUCUUUCAUACCCACCAAAUGUAAUUCAAAGAGCUUUACAGCAACUUAAAACCAGGGAAAGUCAAAAAUAAGGACAAAACAUGGGAUGGAUUUUAACAGGAAUGGAUUCAAAGGUAGAGACUAAUGUGUAGCAUGAGUAAUAAAAUAUAAAUGGUUUAAGUUAAAUAAAUGGUUUUAUACAGUGAAAGCGAAAAAGACAAAAGCACAAUGUCAGUUAGUGUCAGUUCAUUUUUUAUUCCCCUAAAGUUCCAAAAUAUCUUAAAUAUGGAAGAGAGACCAUCAGGACCAUCCAUUAGUGCAGUCUUUGUGUGGUAUGUAUAUUUUAAAAGUUGAGGGCAGCUUUUUUUAAAAGUUUGGCUCUUUAAACCUCCACCUUAAGAUCUGAUCACACAAACUAUAUCGAAACCAACCACAUGUUUCUGCAGAGUGAGUUCAUGUCAGUCAGAGACACACUCACUCACUUACACGAGGUCAGUGGUUCUCAAGUCCAGUCCUCGAGCCCCCCCUGUCCUGCAUGUUUUGGAUGUUUCCCUGCUCCAACACACCUGAUUCAAAUGAUCAGCUCGUUAAUAAGCCAUUACAGAGCUUGAUAACGAGCUGAUCAUUUGAAUCAGGUGUGUUGGAGCAGGGAAACAUACAAAACAUGCAGGACAGGGGGGCUCGAGGACUGGAUUGAGAACCACUGCGCUAGGACAUGUGUACCAGUUCAAAAACUCCUUAAUUCUUGUUUUGAAAAGUAUGGCACAUUUUAAAACUAGAAUUAAGGAGUUUUUGAGUACUGAAUGCACAUGUCUUCUUACUGAACGCUGAUUUAUUGUUGUGUUUUGCAUACUGUAACUGUUUUGUGUUUCUGCGUGUUUUUUUUUUUUUUUAUGUGGAACUUCUUGUGCUACUAUCCUGGCCAGGACUCCCUUGUAAAAGAGAUUCAGAAUCUCAAUGGGUUUAUUUCCUGGUUAAAUAAAGGUUACUAACUAACAUAGUAUACCAGGCUUCUCACAGCGUCUGUCUGGUCAUCUUUCAGUCUGCUCAGAAUAUUGUAGUAAGUCCACCAUGAGCUCUGUUGUUACAAUCAUGUCCUCUGCUUUCUUGUAAAACUAUGACAUUGUAUGGUGACGUAAGGCUGUGCGUAGGGCUGGGCGAUAAAACAAUAACGAUAUAUAUUUUGGGUUUUUUUUAGGUUGGACAUGAAGCAGAGUAAAGUUUCUGUAAAUUAUGUUGAGUACUUUUUCUCUCAGUCAGGGAAUACCUCAAAUCUUUUUCACCACCUGAAGCCACACAGCAGAGCACAUGUAAUGCAAAAGGUUACAAACCCCGAGCGCAGCAAUGAGCCCAUGGCGCCUGUGCAACCGAAACAGCCGACUAUUCUGUCUGCUUUCUUUUGUGCCACGCCUUAUGACAAAACGUUGAAGAGACACAAAGACCUCAUAGAUGCAGUAGCUUAUUGUCUUGCAAAAAACAUGCUACCAAUAAGCACUGUUAAAUUUCAUUUUUUUACAUUGUGAUAUAUAUCGAUAUCGACUGAUGAAAAAAAAAUAUAUCAUGUUAACCUUUCUCCCAUAUUGCCCAGCCCUAGCUGUGCAUGCAUCUUUAAUCGUACCCAGGCCUGUUUGAGUCUGGGGCAGUGAGUGCAGUCCAACUGGUGCUGGGAGGGGGAACGAUUGUACUUCCUACAAUUGUUCUCCAAUGUGUGCAUGACUGAUAUUUACUAGGAUGACAGUAAAUCUGCAUCAGUCUACCCCACAGUGUGAGGAGGAGGUCGUGAAUCACUUUGUCAGUAUGUGUCAGAGAGAGCUCACCUCCUCUUCUAUCCGUGUUUUAAAACUCCCUGUCAGCACUUUUAACAUCACCCCCUCAGAUCCAGCAGCCAGCGCGCCAAAAAAGGCGAACUUUGAAGAAGACCCUUAUUUCUCACGUUUUCUGGAUAACCGUGCAUGACUCAUCCAUCCUGCAGCUACAACAGAUGAUUCCAAUUAAUUUGACUUCAGGGCCAGACUUCCAAGGAAAAUUACAAAAGAAUUGAAACGCUGGGCUCAUAAAUCAAACUGAGCCCCAAACAAGUCUCAAUCCAACUAUUAUGGGCAGUGAGGAGCGGAGAGAGUCAAGUUUAGAGUUGGACUAGUAUUCCCAGUAUGUUCCCUGUAUGCUAGACUGCCACUCAGCCAGCUCAGGAUCUGUGAGCUAUGACAGAAACUCAAACAAUCGGAGUGGGCUCCUCUUCAUCAGUCCUUGUGUUUGAUUGACAGGUCGGGUGGUGUUCCACACGUCAGACUGGCUGCACCACAUCCUGUCUGCAGGGAGAAUCCUCUUCAAGAACACGUUUGAGGCCUAUAUGGACCAGUACAUGCAGUCCAAACUGGACCAGAUCCUGCAGGAGCAUCACUUGGUGUCCCUCAUCACUCAGCUGAGAGGUGGGACAGAGCCUCUGUGUGUGUCUGCGUGUGUGUGUGUGUGUCCUCUCAGUCAGGUUUUAGAAAUCCCACUGAAGAUUUAAGGUGCCUCUGGUUCUGGUUUGUCUCCUCAGAUGCUGUUUUCUGUGAGAGCAAAGAGGAACGGACCGCCGAGGACAAAAAGAUCAGAGCCAAGAAGACGUUUGAGGAGAUGAUGAAUUAUUUACCAGGUCAGUUCAGAGCACACAGCCCCUUUUCUGCCUUUAAAGACCCUUCAGUUCUUCCCUUUAGCGCGUCGCAUGAACACAUUCAUUGGAUCUUAAGAAGUUUAUCACAAACUCUCUGAGCUUGUAGGGUAAUCACGACCUUCACUCUUUUAAAAGAAGCAAACAGACAAAGAAAGCAGGUUGUUUUGAGGUGCACACUGAAGUAAAAAAAAAGAAAAACCAAUUCAUUAUUACCUCAGAAGUUACUCUGUGUUUGAAAAAUUCAAGUUAAAAAAAAGAAACGAAGUGACUAAAACCUGUUAAAAGUUAGUUUUUAAGCUGAUUCACCUCUUAUCAAAUAUCAUUUACGCUCCAGGCAGACAAAGGAUGCAAAAACGUCCCGAGGACACAAUGUUAGAAAAGUGUCUUCAGAGUUUGAUCAGAAACUUUGACACAUUUGUUUCUAAAACUCCAGGAUUGAGGUCGAUAUUUUACAGGAUGGUGGUUAUUAGCGCUGAAAUCGAAAGGAUAAGACAGUGCACCGUCUUUUACUUCCCCAAACUUCACCUCAGCUGGUCUGCAUGACGGGAGGUUUUCACAUGAGCUAUCAGAUCUCAUUUCUGUUGUAACAGAAGACAGUUCCUUUAAAAUUGAACGUGGGAACCUCAGGAGUUAGAGCGUCUCACUUCCUCCAAAAUGCGCUGCGCUGAUUUUUCCCAAACACGCUUUUCAAAGACCUGAAACAGACCGAACUCAAAGUGUGCGUGCAUGUGUGUUUGUUUGUGAUUUCAGACUUUGUAGUCAAGUGCAUCGGUGAGGAAGCCAAAUAUGAAGGUAUCCGCCUCCUCUUCGACGGUCUGCAGCAGCCUCUCCUCAACAAACAGGCAAGUUUGAACCACGAGAUACAUAUGAGCAGAGGAUAACCCUCAAAUGAGAGACAUUGUUUUUUUUUUUACUAUCACAGAGGAGGAGUUACUGGUUACUGUCUGAUCUCGUGUGAAAAUCAUCCCUCAUUUUGUUCUAUCAAGGAUUUUUAUUCAGUAUCACCAAACCACCAAAAACCUGUGCGAUGCAACCAGGGUGUGAAAAAGAAGGGCGGCACUGUUGGGAGUUAGGGAGGAGUGGAGGAGUAGAGGUGAUUAAUAAGUGGAAGUAUGCAGACCGAGUGAUAUCAUUGAUGUGGGUUUUAGAGGAUAGUUUGCUGUGGAGGAUGACGCCCAGACUCAGGGAGAAACUGAGGAGAUGUUGGUGUAUCUCUGUUUGAGGAAGUCACCAGGAGUUGAUUUCCUGAAGGCAGAUAGACAGGAGAGAGGGUGGGGAAGGUGAGGCAGGUUUAGUCAACAGGUAGAUCUGGGCCAUGAGAUCACAAGAACAGGAAAAAAUAAUUACAGGAGGGAGAUUUUUUAAAUUUCCAUUUCGAGAUUCAAGUCGAAAUUUCGAGAUGAAAGUCGAAAUUUUAAAAAGUCUAAAUGAGAUGCCGUAUGGUUUAAAUUUGUCUUAACCAUCCAUGUGCCGGAGCGUAUUGGGUUUUCCGCUUCGAUAAUGCCCGUGCCUCAGACGCCGAGCUUAUCUGUGCUUCAGGCCUUCAGGAUCAAUCAACUUGAUCAACUGUAGCCUUGCUGUAUAGCAUGCAGGUGUAACCAUCGAUAACCUGCAACUGUAUCAUAAUCUUCGGCACAGUCUUUUCAGAGCCUGAAUACUUAUGACCACACUGUGUUUGUGUACAAAAAGAGCAAGCAUUUCCUUGUUACUAAACCCAAUUCCAAAGUAAAGCUUUACAAACUGUUCUACAGAGGACAUGUCGUCUAGUGACGAGUGACAAUGAUGUUGAUUCAUUAUCAUUAAUCUCAAUUACGACUUGAUUCAUAAAAUUAUGCAUUGACACUAAUCUCGUAAUUUUGACUUUAAUCUCGUAAUUUUGAUUUAAUUCACGAAAUUUUGACUAUAUUCAUGUUGACUUGAAUCUGGAAAUUUCGACUUUAAUCUCUAAAUUUACAUUUUAAUCUUGAAAUUUCAACUUGAAUCUUGUUCCUGUAAUUAUUAUUUUUCUCUUCAUGUGGCCCUAAUCCUCUUUUGUAGUAUUUAGUGGAUAACUGCCGCUCAGACUGAAACUAUGUCAGAUUUAAGUUUAAUUUACUGUAAAUAAUCCCAGUUUGAAAUAAAGUUUAGUGAAUCCUUUCUAACUGAAGUCAUUUCUCCUCAGGUGACCUACGUCCUGCUCGACAUCGCCGUGCAGGAGCUUUUCCCUGAACUCACCAAGGUAAACAAGUGAGAGAAGAACACAAAGACAUGAAGCUGAGAGAGCGUAAUAAUAACAAUAUAUGAAAGCUCUCGUGAAAAAAGAAAAAAAAAAGAGGCUUAAAAAAGCUCAUAGAAGAAGAACACAUCUGCAAACCUCUAAAACUCAGACAGAUCAGAUCCCAGCAGAGAUGAUUUGCAAGUGUGAAGUUUUUGCAUAUUUAUAUUUUGUGUUUGUGCUCCAACGCGCUUUCUGCACAGCUGUCACUUCAUUAUUAUUAACCCGGACCACUUUGAGUCAGCUCCCAUGAUGCAAUGAGGGCAUCAGUAUUUGAAACAGACCCUGAUUAUGACCAGAGAGCUGCGGAGGGGUUUCAUAUUAAAGGACGAUAGAAAAAAUAAACAUGUUUUAAAGUGUAGCUUCUUAACUGCAGGAUUGAAGUUUCCUCUUUCAUGUUUUCCGUGCAUCACCUCCUCACCCCUGAGGAGCUGUGGUGUCACACCUUAUUUUAGUUUACGUGCAAAGAUACAGUAAAAAAGCCAGAGAGAAAAUACUUGAUUUAAAAAACUGGCCUUCAAAAAUGACAACAAAUUGUCAGUCUGUAAAAUGAUCUCGGCAGAAGGGUGAAGCAGAAAAUCUCUGAUGUUUUGGACUGAUGUAAGUUUAAAGCUGUCUGAUGUGACGUCUCUCCUCAGGGAGUGAAGGGAACCAUCGUGGUCUGAGUCUCUGGAUGUCCUGAACACUGAUCUGAUCCUGCAUCAGGUCUCUCGGCUGUUCCUGCAGGAUCGUCUCCACAUUCACUGUACAUUCAUGCACUAAGACAAAUAAAGAUAUUUAUUGAUGACACUACGAAA